AUUGUAUAUAAUUUUGCCAUUGUAACUAUAUCAACAGAGUAAUACACAGGUCUAAAUCACACCAUGGCAAGCCUCGCUGAUCAGCUGAAGGCUGUUCAGCUAAAGAAGUCUACUGAACCGAUCAAAGACUUCUCAAGUGCUAGAACUGCAGGAUUUAUGAAAGAUGAAGACAUUAAAGCUUAUGAGAAAUCAGUGUUAGAAGUGAAUACAGAGCACUGGAUUGACCUGUUGAAAGAUGAAACAUUCCCUACAGAAUUGUGCCCCUUUCUUCUUGAGGAAGCCAAGGUCUUUCUUGCAGUGUAUGAGAGAUUGUACUUAAACAAAGACAGUGACGUGAUCAAGAAUACAGAUUGGAAAGAUACUCUCUCCGAUGACGAGAGGAUACUUCUCGACGUUCUCGAAAACAGGCUGCAAAACGCAAUGGAUGUUUUCACAAAAGAUGGAUUCGCUUUUGUCAAAACAUCCAGCAGGAGUGCUAAAGAUGCACCACUAGUUCAGAACAAUUUCAAACAACUGUACCUCUCUGAACUUGAUUCAUAUCCCGAAUCUUAUCGAUCAGAAAAUAUCAAAAUCACGUGCUUGCUCAAAGCAGCUUUUGAUGCUCUGAGAGUAAAAACUGCAGGAGAGGUCAUUGAUAUGUUUCUCCGAAGUGAGAGAAUAUAUCAGGAUCUUUUGCUGGCUGCCGUUAAUCAAGUCAGCAAAUACCACGAACAUUUCGUCAUUCGAAAAUUUGUUGAUAUAGAUGUGGACAUGGAAUUUAGAGGAUUUGUUUGGAAGAACGAGCUUGUGGCCUUGUCACAGUACAACUAUGCAAUAUACUCAGAAAGACUCGCGAGCAACAAGGCAAUGUAUGGGGAUAUGGUGAAGAAAUACUACGAUGACAAAAUCAAACCAAAGCUCACAAGCACAGACUUCCCCGAAAACACCAUUAUUGACUUUGCAAUAUGCGAAAAUGGCAAGAAACUGUGGGUGAUUGAGGUCAAUCCGUACAUGGAGACCACGGACGGAGCUCUUUUCAGCUGGCAACACGAGGUACCCAUACUUCAAGGGGCAGAGGGCUUUGUCUUCCGGGUCACCGAGAAAGUCCGCCCAGGGGCACGGACCAUCCUACCUCAGAGUGUUCGGGCUCUUAUGGAAUCAUAAAUAAUUUAUUUCACGAAAUAAGUCAGGGUAUUGUCAUACCCUUCGUGCCAUUGUUAGUGUCUGCGUUUGACGUCGUAGUUAGAAUUAGAACCCCAUUGGCAUGAAUUCCCAGGGACCCGCGAAAAUUAAUCGAACCUCGGAAGAUUCGAGCCAAGCGGGGAUUUUUUACCUUCAGUGUAAAGAAAUCGGUUCUUUACAUCUAGUUCGAGCCAACAAGGAAUUGAGCCAACGGUGAUCGACUGUAAUUAAAAAACUGUUCAAGAUCUUCAAAAGAAACAUGGUGUGCAUUUUUCCAUUGACAAUGCACACAAUUAUUACAAGGUCAAUAACUAUGGCUUCAAUAAUUGUCGAGUUAUGGCCCUUGUUCAACUGCAGUUAACAAACAGACCAGUGAAAGUGUUUGUUUCACUGUGCUCUGAUGUCCUUUUUAUCUCACUUGUGCACAAAUAGCUCAAGGUCACCUAUUGUGAUCACCCCGUGUCCAUUGAAAGUUGUGAACUUUUUUGUUACAAAUAACAUCUUCCCAGAAACUGAUUUUGCUCAAACUUUACAACAAACAUCCUUGUAUUAGUCCUUUCAAAAAUUGCUCAGACUGUUCUGAACCAUUGCAAAAUAGGGAUUACAAAUCGGAGCGAAUCUUUUUUGAAUAUACUGAAAUUAAAAAAAAUAUAGCAAAAUAUGUAAGCUCCAACCAAUUGCAAGUUUGUCUAUGAAAUGGUUUUACUCAGGUGAGCGAUUUAGUUCCGUCUUGGCCCACUUGGUGAUGAUAUUCGUGCGUGUGGAAGCCGAGAUUGUUUUUACAUCAUAUUUCUGACAUUUUAUUUUUUAUAUGUUAUGUUUUACUCUGGUUUAAUGAUUGAUAUUAUUUUCUUUAUACACUGUCUUGAAAAAUAUACCCAUAUAAUGAUAUUUAUGGUUUUAUAUUACAAUUGUAUACAUUUUAUACAUGAUACAUAGUCUUAGUAUACU